UUAAAAUAAUAAAAUAAAUAAAUAAAUAAAAAUUACAAUAAAAGUUCCCAAAAUCCGCGGCUAUUGACGGCGGUUUCAACGACGACGACGCCCUAACCCUCUUCCAACAAUGGUCCAUUUGCUCCCAAAUCCCCUCCGAGUUUCAUCGCACCUCCGCUCGGAUCCGCCGCGCACGGCGGUCCGUGCCAGAGCGAAGUCCGGCACCGGCCGCUACGAGAUCUUGAGAAAUGGAGGAAUUAAGGUGAGAUUGGCGGUGGUUGUGCGGUGUAGCAGUGAUUAUUCGAGUCCGAUCACGGCGGCGAUCGGAACAUCGGAAGAAAUUGAAAUUAGCAACGAAAAUGCGUAUUUGGCGACGGAAUUUGGAUGGAAGGUGAGGAAAUUGAUCGAAGAAGAAGAUGAUUUGAGAACGGUUGCGAGGAUUCAAGCCGAAGCGUUCCAUGAACCUGUUCUUCUUUUCAACCAUUUUUUCUUCCAGUUCUUCCAGGCAGAAGUGCUUUCAGCGUUGAUUUACAGAUUGAAAAAUUACCCACCAGACAGGUAUGCUUGUUUGGUUGCAGAGCCAGAGAGUGAAGGCUGUAAAGAUGAGUACAACUUUGUGGGAGUGGUGGACGUGACGGUGGCCGGAGAUUUGAAAGUCAGGCGCCUCCUUCCCGCCGGCGUCAAAGAGUAUCUCUUUGUAACUGGAAUCGCCGUCGACCAAACUGCAAGAAGGCGCAAAGUAGCAACGGCACUAUUGAAGGGGUGUGACAUGUUAGCGAGGGUUUGGGGCUUCAAGUUUUUGGCGUUAAGUGCAUACGAAGAUGACUAUGGUGCUCGUAAUUUGUAUAGUAAAGCUGGGUAUCAGGUUUUGUAUGUUGACCCUCUUUGGAAAUCUUCUUGGAUUGGAAGAAAACGUUGUGUUACUAUGGUUAAGCAACUUUAGCGAUAUCAAUCUGAACAUAAUUUAUUAG